CAUCUGGCGAGGACCAAAUAUAAACUGCACAGACAGUUCAGGUUACACUGCUUUACAUCAUGCAGCUUUAAAUGGACACAAGGAUAUAGUUCUCAAGUUACUUCAGUAUGAAGCAUCAACUAAUGUGGCAGAUAAUAAAGGUUAUUUUCCUAUUCACUUGGCUGCUUGGAGAGGAGAUGUAGACAUUGUGAAGAUUCUUAUCCAUCAUGGGCCAUCACACUCCAGAGUGAAUGAACAGAACAAUGAAAAUGAAACAGCACUGCAUUGUGCCGCUCAGUAUGGUCAUUCAGAAGUAGCUGCUGUUCUGUUAGAAGAGCUAACAGACCCUACAAUAAGGAACAACAAACUAGAAACACCUCUGGAUCUGGCAGCACUUUAUGGACGUCUGCGUGUUGUAAAAAUGAUCAUCAAAGCAUAUCCAAACCUGAUGAACUGUAAUACAAGAAAACACACUCCUUUGCAUCUUGCUGCACGUAAUGGCCACAAAGCUGUUGUACAGGUGCUUCUCGAGGCUGGAAUGGACGUCAGCUGCCAAACAGAAAAAGGGAGUGCACUACAUGAAGCAGCUCUGUUUGGAAAGGUGGAGGUAGUACGCAUUUUGCUUGAAACAGGAAUUGAUACCAACAUAAAGGACAGUUUGGGUAGAACGGUUUUAGAUGUUCUUAAAGAACAUCCAUCUCAGCAGUCACUCCAAAUUGCAGCUCUACUUCAAGAAUACAUGGAAACAGGAAAUGCAAGUAUUUCAGAGGAGCGCCCACUGGAAGGUGCAGAACAUCAGUCCUGCAUUUUGUCCCCAGAGGUUCUUCCGUCUCCAAAGGCUAAAAGUGAAGCUGUGACUGGAGAAUUAUCAAAGCUCUUAGAUGAAAUCAAAUUGUGCCAAGAAAAGGAAUACUCUUUUGAAGAUCUGUCUCAUACAAUAUCAGACCAUUAUCUGGACAAUUUUAGUAAAGUGUCAGAGGAAGAACUUAUGACCAGUGGAAGCCAAACCAAGCUUAAUGUAAGACCUUCUUCAACAUGUUUAUCAUCAAGAGAGGAGGAAGAUGAUGAUGCAGGUGAAAAUACUUGUGGUCCUUCAGGUUUGUGGGAGGCAUUGACACCUUGUAAUGGAUGCAGGAACCUUGGAUUUCCUAUGCUUGCACAGGAACCUUAUUCAAAGAAGCGUGGUUAUGCAUUGGAAGCAAUACCCUCUGUACCUCUGGAUGCGGUUCCUUCAGAAAAUGAUAGCAGUCUUUGUGAUUCGAUAGAUGUAGCAGUGACCAAAAAACCUUGUUCACUAGAGAUAGCAAGAGUUCCAUCCUCAAGACCAGAUAAUGCACCUCAGGUAGCAAUUACUGCACCAGGAUCUGGUAACCAUAGAAACAGCUCUACAGGCCCAACACCUGACUGCUCUCCUCCAUCACCAGACACUGCCCUUAAAAACAUAGUGAAAGUUAUACGUCCUCAGCCCAAACAACGCACAUCAAUAGUAUCUUCUUUGGAAUUUCACCGAAUGAAUCACAGCCACAAUUAUUUUGAAAUCAACUCAUCCAUUGGCUGUACAAGUUUUAUUUCUACUCCUGCAAUCAGUCCAACUAAUUAUUCCUUUGGAUCUCUGGAAUACAACGUUGAAGAGAAAGAACUUCCAGAGCAUCUUUGCAAGGGAGAAACAUCUACUGAAAGUGAGCUUCCUGAAGGACACCCCGCUGAACAGUUUGCAGGUUUACUUCAUGGAUCAUCACCUGCCUGUGAUCCACCUGAUAAUCCACUCCAGCUGUACAGCAAAGUAAACCAGUGCAGUGGUCCACUAGAGAAAAGCAUUUUGAGCAAGAGCGCACUGCAGCAGGUACAGCUCAGGAAGGAAAGCAACACUGAUCCUCCUGUUAAGAAAAAAAAACCACCAGUUGUAAACCGAACCAUAUUCCAUACUAAAACUAAACCAGUAGAAAAUCAUACAUUGGUUGGCACAUCAGCAAGGAUAAGUGAACAGUGGGUUAUUACCACUGGGGGAUUUGUGGAGCGAGCAUGCACACUUGGGAGAAUACGAUCUUUACCAAAGACUUUGCUUGAAAUGCAUUUGUGCAAAAAUGUUUCAAAAUCUGAUUCUAAUCUUAUCACCCAUCCACCAAAUGACAAAAAAGCAAGAAGCAACUGGAGCGAACCCACACCAAACCAACAGUGCUCCAAAGGGAAUUCAGAGAGAACACCUUCCUUCACAUCAGAAUGGGAAGAAAUUGAUAAAAUCAUGAGUUCAAUAGAUGCUGGAAUUAAUACUGGACUGGGGGAGAUGAAUGAUCACACUACAAGACCCCGAUGCCCUGUCCAGACAGUGGGACAAUGGUUGGAAAAUAUUGGGCUACCUCAGUAUGAAAACCACUUGCUGGCUAAUGGAUUUGACAAUGUGCAAUUUAUGGGAAGCAAUGUAAUGGAGGACCAGGAUCUCUUGGAAAUAGGAAUCCUUAACUCUGGACACAGACAGAGAAUACUCCAAGCAAUCCAGCUUCUCCCAAAG